AUGAGGCGGGAAGAGGAGGAAGAGGAGAGAACCGGGAUGACGGCAAAAGGGGAGUUACCGAUGAAGGAGGAGGAGGAGAUCCAUGACAUGGGAGAACUGGUUGGCCCUUUUGUGAGUGCCAUACCCACCCCAGUGCCCCACAACAAGGGGACCCGGUUUUCCGAGGCCUGGGAGUAUUUCCACCUGGCUCCUGCUCGUGCUGGGCACCACCCCAACCAAUACGCCACUUGCCGCCUAUGUGGCCGGCAGGUGAGCCGUGGCCCCGGGGUGAACGUGGGCACCACAGCCCUGUGGAAGCACCUGAAGAGCAUGCACAGAGAGGAACUGGAGAAGGGUGGCCAUGGUCAGGCAGCACAGCGCCAGGACCCGAGGGGCCAAGGGCCGCAGAUCCCCAUGGGCAUCGAGGGCGAGUGGGCCAGGCUCCUGGAGCAGGUGGGGGCCCUGGCUUUAUGGGCCAGCCAAAGAGAAAAGGACCUUCUCAGGAGGGAGAGGGCAGUGGAAUGGCGGGAGAGGGCUGUGGAAAGGAGAGAGCGAGCUGUGGAGGAGGUGGAAAGGGCCAUCCUGGAGAUGAAAUGGAAGGUGAGGGCAGAGAGGGAGGCCCGCCAGAGGGAGACAGACCAGCUGGCAGCAGCUCACCCCUUCCAUUUUGUUUAAACCGGGCUUGGGGAAAUCUGUUCUGAAAACACUGACUUCAGAUUCCUAGCAAAGAGCCAUUUUAGUUCCAGCUUAAAUAUACAGCAAGGCAAUCUAGUGGGAUUUUGCUUUUAGGAGAAAGCUAGCAUACUAUGUGUUAAUAUCAGCAAGUUCUGAAUUAAGCAAAUGUUUAACUAUAGGGUUCCUAGUGUUGUACUGAUUAAAACUUUAAAAUACACUGAGUAAAUAUAGAGGUUGUGUCACACCGUGGGUCUGUGAGUUGUUCUAGGUCAUAAUGUACCAGCCUGUCAGCACUGAUGAGUGAAAAUAC